CAGUGAGUGGGAACAUCGCACAUGAGGAGGGAAGACAGGAGCACACACCACAUACAGAAAGAGAGAGCAGCAAAGCGGCCUCUCACAUCUUGAAACCGCCGUGGAAACAGAGGACUUCUCAACUUUUACGCACUGAGACUGACUUUUACGCACAACGCCAAGAGGAGCAGUAGACAGCGAAUCCUUCUCAAGAGGAUUUCUUGGGAUGCAGAAACCCUUCGAGGAUCUCAUCAGACAACAUCAGGCCUGUAGGAUAAACUUUAUUGAUAAAGAUCAAGAAAAUCGAAAACCAGCCACUGAACAGAUGGCUGAGAACUUUGGAGCUGAUCCAUCAGACGCAGACUGAUAUGAAGACCGUGAAGUAAGAGAACAUACAGAAUUCUUCUUCAAAGUUUUUUUCUUCUUUUUUGUCAAACUUCGAGAAAACAGAGAAGUCAUGCCUCGUCCUGGGAAAAACUCUUACAGCGACCAGAAGCCCCCAUAUUCUUACAUCUCACUGACAGCAAUGGCUAUCCAGAACUCAGCCGAGAAGAUGCUGCCUCUAAGUGACAUUUACAAGUUUAUCAUGGACCGCUUUCCAUAUUAUCGAGAGAACACCCAGCGGUGGCAGAACUCCCUGCGCCACAACCUCUCCUUUAACGACUGCUUCAUCAAAAUCCCACGACGGCCUGAUCAGCCCGGAAAAGGCAGUUUCUGGGCUCUCCACCCGGACUGCGGUGACAUGUUUGAGAAUGGCAGCUUCCUCAGAAGACGGAAGCGCUUCAAGGUAUUGCGCGCGGAGCACAUGGCCUGCAAGAGCUCCCCAAUGAUGCAUUACUUCCACCAUCACCACCACCACCACCCGGGUAGCAAGUUGGCCGCAGCGUCCGCCCAUCACGACCACUCAGCCGGGCAGGCCAGCUCAGUGGGUCGGCUCCCUCACUUUCAAGGUUACGGGGGCAUAACGUGCGCGCAGCCCGGUGGGUUCAAACACCCUUUCGCCAUCGAGAACAUCAUAGGACGGGACUAUAAGGGCGUGAUGGCCAGCGGGCUACCCCUCACAUCGGUCAUGCACCACCUUGGUUACCCGGUGCCCCCACAGCUCAGCAGCGUGGUCAACUCCAUGUGGCCGCACGUGGGGAUGCUGUCAGAGUCCAUGGGGGGCGUUCCCGUGCCAGCAUCCUCUGAGUACGCACCAUUCAGCGUGUCGACGAAGGGCCUGUACCACAACGCGAACGGGCAAACCCUUCCAGCCGUUCCCGUGCCGAUUAAACCCACCCCGUCCCUGGGCCCCGUGCCGGGCCUGACGGGACUGCAGUCCGGCCCGGCUCAGCUCUGCUCGCCGGCCUCAGUGAUGGAGAAGAGCGAUCUGCUGGAGGGGAAAGGCAACCCUCUCCACCCCGCGCUCCUGCUGUCCUAACCGGGUAAAUCGAAGAGAAAAACAAAUAAAGAGGACGUUUUUCACUGCGUAAAAUUACACAUAGCCAACAAGGUCAUAUGUUAAGUUUCUGCUGUAGGAGAGUCAGACAACAUUGUGCUGUGUAACGAUUAUUUUCCAUUAGUCAUGUUAAUUAAAAUCACAAUUUAUUUGCACACUUUGUGAGGGCAUUUACCACAUAUAGGCUGCUGUAAUGUGGCACUGAAAAAUACAAUCAGACACGUAGAGACGCUAAACCCCAAAGAAAGCUUUCAUUUAGGAGACAGAAAUCUAAAAUUCUUUACAAAUGCGAACCUACAACUAUGUUUGUACUUUUAUCCUAAUCUUUGGCAGGCCGACGGGCUCAAAACAAACAGGCCUUCAUGUUUUUAACCCGGCCUGUUGCACUUUUUUUGGUGUGUAACUUUGCGGUGCAUUGAAAAUGUUAUGCUUGUAUUAAAACUAUUUAUGUGAGGAUAUUUAUAAAGAACUUGAAAUUAA